AUGUUUGAUUUGUGAAUUGUGAUAAAUAUAUACAGGAUGUUUCAUAGGGCUGCAACCUUUUUAGAACCACCGAACUGUUUGAUCGAUAUCGAUCUCCUCCCAUUUUCCCGCUCUCAAGAUAACCUUAAAUUUAAACUACCGCCAGAUAAAAACACGACCGUUGGGCGGUUGCAUCCUGUGGCUACAUCUCACAUCCUGGAUAAGCUGCAAGUUUAAACCUCCGAUAUUCAAAAAAACUGGUAUGUACUUAAAAUUCUCAAACAGAACGUAAUUAAAGAACACCAGAAUCAACAGAGUUAUGGAGUACUCAUCACUGAUAACCGGCGACGCGUUGCUGAAAUUAAAAUGUGAUUCAUGCAGCAACUAUUUAUCAUAUUUUCCAAUUUACGUUUCCAAUGCUGACAAGAAAAAUAUCUGCGGCCGUUGUCCACACGUUGUGCAGGAAAAUCAUGUCCAAAACGAAAUUUAUGAAGCAUUGGCACAAUUUGUGAAGUUUCCUUGUCGUUACAAGAAUGAAGGUUGUUCUGAAAGUAUUCCACCACAGGACAUUCCAGAGCAUGAAAGGAUAUGUGACUUUCGCAUAGUGAAUUGUCCUACAAAACAGUUCACUGAAUGUGACUGGGAAGAGGCUCGACCUAGCUGUUUAAAUCAUUGUCAGGAUAAACAUUUUGAACUGAUGAUUAAAAACUACUCAUUCCAACUGGAUUUGUCACAGUCUUAUGAUUGUACAAAUUUGUUAGAACAUGAGUCUUUGUUGUUUAUUGUUAGGCAACAGUUUGAUUCAACCAAGAACAUGAUUAAAUUUUCACUGUGUCACAUUGAAUGUGAGGUUAACACAAAUGAGUUUUCUUACGAAUUGAGUUUUAAAACACCUCACCGGUCUGUUAUAAUUGAGGAUUGUACAACUUCGUUCAAUAACGAGAAGAUAACGGAAAUUUGUCUUGAUUCGUUGAAGGAGAAAAAGGACACGACACUCGUAGUUGGAAAUAUCAAAUUUAAGGAUUGUGUUGUUCAUGUUCCUGUUCCUGUUGAAGUGAUAUUUGAAGAGUUACUGACUCCGUUUACGUGCGUAACUUGUAAUGAAUUUGCACUGCCUCCAAUAUUUUGUCAAGAUAACAAUAGCCUGUGGGGGGAAGCACCAGUGAUAUGUUCUGAAUGUAGGAAUGGGCGGAAAAGUCUUUUUGGUGAGAUAAAUCCAAUUGAAGGUACGAGAAAUUUCGGUUUAGAGAGAAUCGCAAAUUUGUUAAAUUUUCCAUGUAAACAUAGGAAAAAUGGAUGUAUUUUUGUGUCAAAACCCCCCGCUAUGGAAUUGCAUUUGCAGUCUUGUUUGUAUGGUGAUCAUAAUUGUCCUCUUCAUGAAUAUUGUGAUUGUAAGUGGAAGGGUAUUGGAAAAAACAUUGUGCAACAUGUCUUAGAUGUUCACAGUGAUAUGGUUUUACAUAAUGAAUCCAUAAUUACUGAAAACAUUGUAGACGUAGAAGUAAAAAAUUCAGAUAAUGAAAAUGUAUCUAAUGUUAGUACUGUUUCCACUAGUAUCAAUGCUGCAGUCUGUACAAGCAGUUCAUCAAUUUUUGCUACUCCUCUUCCAUCUACUAACAGUACCACAACAGUAUGCAGUUUUAGUACUGCACCCAGUUUUUGGUAUGAUGAUGGUGCUAGUAGGGGUAAGGGUUCAAUCUUUGACAACUCUUCCGCAUUUGGUGAUUUUUUUGGAGCCCCCACGAUCACUGCCACGUUUGGCACUACUAGUGCUUUUGGUACUGUCACGUCUAAUAUUCCAUUUGAAGUUCCUAAAAAUUCAAAACCAGUUCCAGUAUUUAAUUUUGCUCCUAAAACUCCUUCAAAAACUCCUACUACUAAAAAUACAUCCAGUGCUAUUUCUCAAUCAAGUAAUCGUCAACCCGUAUUUCGCCGGCGACGAAGUACCCCAAAAGAAAAUAACCCAACCGCCACCACUGAUGAUACAUCAAGAUUGCAUCAGAUACCUUCAAAAUGUUACGUCAUUAAAUUUUCAAACCGUUUAUUCCGCUUGAAUUUUGCUGUAAUUGAUAAAAAUUUCCAAUGGACUGUACAAAUGAUCGGACCGUUCGAAAAGGGAUUCAUGUUCGAACUUGAAGUUGUAGAUAUGAAUAAUAAACGCAGCAGCUUGAUCGCCAAACGACCAUGCACAUCUUUGAAAAAGAAAAAAGAACUGUUUGGAAAACACAACUGCUAUUUUUUCCACGACCAAAUAGCAAACCUUGUGUCUCAACAAAUCGCGUUUAAAGUUCGCAUUUAUAAGGGUGUAUGAAAAUACGCUUGGGAUAUUUCCUACAGACACCAUGGAGUUACCUUGGCACUUACCUUUUACAUAUUUUUCACACGUAAUUACAUGUAUAUAGUUAGUAUAUUUACGUAGCUUAAAUUUUGACAAUGUUUUUUAUCACAUGACACGUAGACAAGGGUUUAAUAAAACAAUUAACAUGUUUAA